AUGGAUUGCGUGCUGGACCCCCAGUCGUCGGAGGUGACUUCAGCAAGGUCGGAGCACCUGCAGGAGAGCAUGCGCCGUCUCGAGCAGUCCGUGUCCUCCGGCUCGUGCGGCACCUCUAGCACGGGACUUCCGCAGGGUCACGCGUUCCUGCAAGAAGGUCUUGGUGGCUUGCCUGUGGAUGGACACGGCAAAGGCCAUCGAGCGGCGUCUGGCGCCAACCAUCGGCUGGGUGUGCGGCCGGUGCCGCAGAUGGCAUGCCAUCCGGAGGUGGCCAGGAGCUUGUCGCGCAUAGAGGCGCUGCUGCUCCAGACCGUGUCUCUCUUUGAGGUGGAACUCUACAGCGAGCAGGACGGCUACUCCGUGCUGCAGUCUGCCUCCGGUGGCGGCGGACGGCAGCAUGUCGCCGCCGCGGUCGCUUCCGCGCUCCGCACGGGCGCUGAGCUGUUCGCCCACCGUGUCGACUCCGAGGUGGAGGAGGAAAUCGCGGUUCGCGAGCGGCUCGGGAGGCCCCACCUGACCGAGAUGGUGAAGGCUGGCCGCCAAGGCGUGGAGGCUCGGCCUUCUGGCGCCAGCCGCGCCUUCCGCGGCUGGGCCCAGCACGCGGAGUUCGGCGCUGGGCCCCACGCGGCGCCGGCCACGGCCCAGGAGGCCAAGCGCCGAGGGCGCCGCCGAGGGCGCGCCGCUGGCGAUGCGGCAUCGGCACCCUCCCUCGAUGACGUCAUGUAG